AUGACAAGGUCCAGGUUCCGUCGUCCACCACACCCAGCCAAAUUGCUGUCAUGGGGUUCGUCUGGUGGCCAAGACUGGUCUGGUCUACCACUCCAUCUCUGCCAGGGCCGACCAUUCGACGAGCAGUUUGUCACACCACCCCGAUCAGCCCUCCUCACACCGCACCGCUGGGAUCGAACUUCCACCUGGGGGGGGCCCUCGUUGGGGCUCACUCCUGAGCCACACAGCUACUCAAAAGUAGCUCCAACAGGACUGGCCUGUUGCUCUGCUGCUUGUCGUACCGCCAGGCUGGAGAGGAGGAAACGCUCCAGCAAAGGCAGGGAGCUCCCACCUCCAAAGAUGUUAGAGGUAGCCGCUAUCAAGCCGCAGUCCAAAGGGGCCAACCAGGGUUCUUUGCCGCCUGCUGCUGCUCACCGCUGCCACUCUGUCCAUGAGGGUUCUCCCACUCUCACCACCCACACAUCAGAUGAACAAAUUCUCCAUGGUCCUGUUUUUAUUCAAGAGCCAUCUGAUGUCAUAUAUUCAGAGAAUUCAGAAAAUUCAGAUGUGCUUUUGAACUGUACAGCAAAAGGUACUCCUUUGCUACACUAUUGGUGGAAGCAAAAUGGCACAGAUAUUGAUCUUAACGUGAGUUAUCACUACAGGCUGGUUGGAGGCAGCUUGGCAAUCAAUAAUCCACGUAAGAAACAGGAUAUUGGAACAUACCAAUGUUUGGUCACAAAUUCAUUUGGAACGAUUCUGAGCAGAAAAGCAAAGCUCCAGUUUGCAUAUCUUGACAACUUUGAAACUAAAGCAAGAAGCGUUGUAUCAGUCAGAGAAGGACAAGGAGUUGUUCUGUUCUGUGUACCUCCACCACACUAUGGAGAUUUAUCAUACGCUUGGAUUUUCAACAAUAACCCCUUAUACCUUCAGGAAGACGAUCGUCGCUUUGUCUCUCAAGAGACAGGAAACCUAUAUAUUGCCAAAGUGGAAGCUUCUGAUGUGGGCAUCUGCACUUGUGUUGUAUCAAACAGAGAAAUAAAACGAAGUGUGCAGGGGCCACCUACACCACUUGUGCUUCGUAGCGAUGCUGUGAUGGGGGAAUAUGAACCAAAGAUUGAAGUGUGUUUUCCAGAAACUAUGCAGGCAGCAAAAGGGACAUCCAUUCAACUGGAAUGUUUUGCCCUUGGAAAUCCUGUUCCCAGUAUCACUUGGAAGAGAUCUGAUGGCAUACCAUUGGCCAGAAAAAUCAGUACAUCCAAGGGAAUCCUUGAAAUCCCAGAUUUUCAACAGGAAGAUGAAGUUACUUAUGAAUGUAUUGCAAGAAAUGUACAGGGAAGGAAUAUUGCACGGGGCCAACUGUUUACAUAUGCUCUUCCAGAAUGGAACAAAAGCAUUGAGAAUGUACAAUGCUUGGUGCUCUGUCAACAACAAUGCAGACAUUGGAGUUAUUUGCUUAUGUACUGUUUCUUUCUUAUUUUGAAGGAAAGAAUUCAAAUUGAAAAUGGCACUUUUACUAUAAGUAUGCUGAACAUUUCAGAUUCCGAUCUCUACCAGUGUGCUGCAGAAAACAGAUAUGACUCCAUUUAUUCCAAUGCUGAGUUAAGAGUCAUGGCUUCAGCUCCUGAUUUUUCUAAACAUCCCAUGAAAAAAACUUCAGUUGUCCAUGUGGGAGGUGAAGUAACCAUUGGAUGCAAACCAAAUGCCUCUCCCAGGGCUGUUAUUAGUUGGAAAAAAGGCACUGAAACUCUACAGCAAGGUAAAAGAAUCUUUAUCUUAGAAGAUAACAGUCUGAAGAUAUAUAAUAUUAACAAAUCUGAUGCAGGUGUAUACAGCUGCAUAGCAAUGAAUCAAUUUGGAGUUGCGAGGAAUUCAGGAAACCUGAUUGUGAAAGAAAAAACUGUCUUCACUAACCCACCUUGUGAUAUGGAUGUUACUGUUGGAGAAAGUAUUGUUCUGCCUUGUCAAGUAUCCAAAGAUCCAUCCAUUGAGGUUGUCUUUUCAUGGUCAGUCAAUGGAGAUCUUAUUGAUUUUAAAAAAAGAAUGACUCAUUUUGAAAGAGCUGGAAGCGAAUCUGUAGGGGAUCUUAUGAUAAGAAAUAUUCAACUAAAUCAUUCUGGAAAAUAUACAUGCACUGUGCAAACCUCGAUGGACAUUCUAUCAGAAUCAGCAGAAAUAAUUGUAAGGGGAAUUCCUGGCCCACCAAAAGAAGUUAGUAUUGAACAUGUUUCUAGUACAACUGCAGUGCUGAAUUGGAAACCAGGAGCAGAUAAUAACAGUCCUGUCCACACAUACACAGUUCAGACAAGGACCCCUUUUUCAAUUGGAUGGCAAGCAGUUUCAACAGUUCCUGAAGUGAUUAAUGGAAAGACCCACACAGCUACGGUGGUUGACUUAAAUCCCUGGGUUGAAUAUGAGUUUAGAGUUGUUGCUGCCAACAGUGUUGGAAUUGGGGAACCGAGCACACCAUCUGAGCUACUAAGAACUAAAGCAUCUCUUCCUACAGUGGUACCCACAAAUGUGAGUGGAGGUGGAGGAAGCCGAGCUGAACUUGUCAUCACAUGGGAGUCAAUUCCUGAAGAACUACAAAAUGGGGAAGGUUUUGGAUACCUUAUUAAGUUUCGGCCCCUUGGCUCCUUGAGCUGGACUAAAGCAGUGGUGACUUCAGUGGAGGCAUCCAAAUAUGUCUACAGAAAUGAAAGCAUCCCACCACUAUUUCCCUUUGAAGUAAAAGUGAGUGUAUUUAAUCAUGAAGGAAUAGGCACCCUGAGCCCAGUAUUUCUUGUGUACUCUGGAGAGGAUGAGCCCCAGAUAGCACCAGCUGGCAUUUCAGUACAAAGCUUCUCAUCUUCUGAAGUGGGAGUCUCUUGGAACCCUCUUGCAUGGACCAAACAUACUGGAAGGAUUCUUGGCUAUGAGGUCUUAUAUUGGAUGGAUGAUUCGAAGGACUCAACAACUGGUAAAAUUAGAGUCAGUGGCAACAUGACAGCAAAAAACAUGACCAACCUUAAGGCCAAUACCAUGUACUUUGCCACAGUGAGGGCUUACAACACAGCUGGAACUGGACCAUCCAGUGUUCCAGUGAAUGUAACUACAAAAAAAUCACCUCCAAGUCAGUGCCCAGCAAAUGAAGUCUGGCAAUUGACCAAUUCAAAAAUAUGCUUGAACUGGGAUCAUGUGAAAACGAUGGAAAAUGAGUCUGAUGUCCUAGGCUACAAGAUUUUGUACAGGCAGAAUGGACAAAGCAUCACUUAUAUCCUAACGACAAACAUAACAUCUGCUGAGCUGCUGGUGCCUUUUGAAGGAGAUUACCUCAUUGAAAUAAGAACUGUAAGUGAUGGAGGAGAUGGAAGCAGCAGUGAAGAAAUUAGAAUUCCAACCCAGUCGAGUUUAAGCUCCAAGGGGAUGCACACCUGUCCUUCAGUUGGUGACAUAAUCACAAAUAAAAUUAUAAUUCUGAUUUAUAUUUUCAAUUCUGCUGGAUACUUUUGA